AUGAGUGACAAUUUCGAUUGGCCAGUUGGCAAUAAUGAGGCGAAGGAACGUCUUGGAGAAAGAUUCUCUUCUCUUCAUCUGGACACCAAAAUCUCAGCUUCCCAUGCCAAACCUCUAUCCAAUGCAGAUCCAGUAGUUGUCCCAAUUUAUCAUUCUUCUACUUAUCGGUUCAAGACUGUCAAUCAAUUCAAUGAACCAAAUCAUGGUUCGAACUUUGUCUAUCGUAGAUGUGGAAACCCGACAACUGAAAAUGUUGAAGUUGUAAUUAAUGAAAUCGAGGGAGGUGCGGGAUCACUCCUUUACAAUUCGGGUCUUGCCGCGAUUAGUGCUGUAUUUUUGGAAUUCUUGAAUUCUGGAUCUCAUCUGAUUUCAAUGAGUCCAAUCUAUAGUGGAACAUCUUCUUUUAUAAACGAAACUUUGAAAAGAUUUGGAGUUGAAGUGACAUUCGUUGACGUGGAAAAGGAGGAAGACUUCGCUGAUGCUGUGGAGAAAGCAAUUCGUCCGAAUACCAAAUUGAUCUACUUUGAGACGAUUGCCAAUCCAACAAUGGCUGUUCCAGAUGUCUUGGGAACAUUGGAAGUUGCUAAGAAGCAUAAUAUCCGCACCUGCAUCGAUGCCACAUUUUCUUCUCCUUACAACAUCCAACCUCUGAAAUUGGGAGCAGAUAUUAGUCUUCAUAGUUGCUCAAAAUAUAUCGGAGGACACACGGAUGUUAUUGCUGGAGUCGUUACUGUUGCCCACUACGAGGACUGGAAAAAGUUGAAACUUCAACAACUGACAACUGGAAGCUCAUUGUCUCCUUACGAUGCAGCUCUCUUGACACGUGGUCUUAAAACAUUGGCUCUCCGAGUCGAUCGAAUCUCGGAAAAUGCUCAAAAAACAGCGGAAUAUUUGGAGAGUCAUCCGAAAGUAGAUCAUGUCUAUUAUCCAGGAUUACCAUCUCAUCCACAACAUAAAUAUGCGAAACAAGUUAUGAAACAAUUCUCAGGAAUGAUUGCAUUCGAUGUUGGAACUUCUGAAAAUGCAAUCAAUCUUGUGGAGAACCUCAAACUAAUUAUCCACGCUGUAAGCCUCGGUGGAACUGAGUCUCUAAUUGAGCAUCCAUUAUCAAUGUCUCAUGGAAAACAACUACUUCGAGAUGCUGAUGGACCAACCGUUGCCCCUGGACUUUUGAGAUUCAGUGUCGGAAUCGAAAACGUGGAAGACAUUAUUGGCGAUUUGAAGAAGGCUCUUGAUCAACUGUGA